GCAUCUACCUCCAUUCAUCCCCGUGCGUGCUGUGUGGAGGCUAUUUUCCCGUCGCUCUAACAGCCAUGGAGACAAGUCGCCAGAGCACAGUUGCGCACUUCGGUGCGUCUGGCUCUGACAUCAUCGCCUGUGAGGUUACAGAUAUGGCAAUGCCACUCUUGGAGACAGCUUAGUCUCCUUGAGACGGGCAGGGUAAAGCCAUCGCCAUCAUGUCCCUCACCUGGUCGGCAAAAGACCAGAAAAACAUGAAUCUACCCGCUGCGGCAGGACAGAAGCGAUCGCGCAACGACGCGGGGAACAAAGCGACGGUGGUGCUCGGUGCGCAGUGGGGAGACGAGGGGAAGGGGAAAGUCGUCGAUUUGCUGGCGACUGAAGCGGACGUUGUGUGCAGAUGUCAGGGGGGCAACAAUGCAGGACACACGGUGGUCGUGGACGGCAAAGAGUAUGACUUCCACCUUCUCCCCAGUGGAAUCAUCAACUCCAAAAGCAUAUCACUCAUUGGUAAUGGAGUAGUCAUACAUCUACCUGGCUUGUUUGAAGAGGGCGAUAAAAAUGACAAGAAAGGUCUGAAAGGUUGGGAGAAGAGACUAAUUGUUUCAGACAGAGCUCACCUUGUAUUUGAUUUCCACCAGGUUGUAGAUGGCUUACAGGAAACUGAAAGACAAGCACAAGAAGGAAAGAACAUUGGAACAACCAAGAAGGGCAUCGGGCCGGCGUACUCCAGCAAAGCGUCCCGCACUGGCCUGCGUGUGUGUGACCUCCUGGGUGACUUUAAGGACUUCUCUAUGAGAUUCAAGAACCUUGUCCACCAGUAUCAGUCCAUGUAUCCAGCCUUGACAGUUGACGUUGAGGACCAACUGAAAAAACUCAAGGAAUACGGUGAGAGAUUGCGGCCAAUGGUGAGAGACGGGGUCUAUUACAUGUAUGAAGCUCUUCAUGGACCUCCAAAGAAAAUUUUGGUUGAAGGGGCCAACGCUGCUCUCCUCGACAUUGACUUUGGCACAUAUCCUUUUGUGACAUCAUCGAACUGCACUGUGGGCGGGGCAUGCACUGGUCUCGGCAUCCCUCCGCUGAAUAUCGGUGAUGUGUUCGGUGUAUCAAAGGCCUACACUACCAGAGUGGGAAUCGGAGCCUUCCCCACAGAGCAGCUCAAUGCAGUAGGAGAGCUGCUGCAGACGAGGGGUCAUGAGGUGGGUGUUACCACGGGAAGGAAGCGGCGCUGCGGCUGGUUGGAUCUUGUCAUCGUCAGAUACGCUCACAUGAUUAAUGGCUUUACCGCCAUUGCUUUGACAAAACUUGACAUUCUGGACGUGCUGGAUGAAAUUAAAGUUGGAGUUGCCUACAAACUCAAUGGAAAAAGAAUUCCCCAUUUCCCAGCCAACAUGGACGUUUUGCACAAAGUGGAGGUUGAGUAUGAGACCUUCCCCGGUUGGAAGACAGACACGUCUGCAGCGAGGAAGUGGAACGACCUCCCAGCCAAGGCACAAAACUACAUCCGCUUCAUCGAGAACCACAUCGGAGUUCCCAUCAAGUGGGUCGGUGUUGGAAAGUCCAGAGAGUGCAUGAUCCAGAUGUUCUGAAGGGAAACCUUUAUCUCCCCCUGAUGGAAGCACAGACGAUGUGGCAUCUUUUCAUCAUCUAAACUGAUAUUCUCCCCAUUAGUUAAUAAACAAAAUAUCUAUUUUACCUUUGAGCAGUGUUGAGCUAUAUGUUGUUUUUUUUCUUGUCAUUAGAUAUUUUUGUUCUUUUGAUUAUUCUACUAGAUUUCAACAUAAGGUAAGUGUCGAUCUAUGGCGAUAUCCUUCAUUAAACCAUUUUCAGUAAAAGUUAACAGAUCUAUGGAAACCUGGUCAGUUGAUGCAAUAGUUCAUAGACUGUUCAAUGUCAGAGUUGCGUGCCUUGGGGUAAUGUAAAUCAUUAUUAAACCGAACCCCCCAAAAAGUAACCAAAACAAAGCUUAAAAUUGUGAUAUUUCUCUCAAAAUCACGUUAUUCUACAUGUCUCAUUUAAAUCGACGCCAAAAAUAAACCAUUUGGAAUAACAAGAUCCUGUUAAAAACAUUAAGGCCACUGUAAGGCCAUGAUAUAUUCUGCUGAGAGGAACGGUCACAUGACAAAUAUUCACUUACACAGAGCUGAGAGGAGAGGCUCGAAAAAUGUAAACAGUUAAAUAUGUAUAGCAUGUGGAGCCCCAAUUUCCCCCCCAAUAUUCAUGACA